GAAAUUUAAUUCACAUUUCAUUCAAUUGUUUUGUCCGAGAAAAGGUACAUAUUUUACUGUUGUUUUCCUUUUUCUAUUUUGGUAAUAUAAAUUAUUUUUAUAAUGUUUUCGAGUAUAUUAUGAUAAAAGUGGCAUCAUAGUGUUAUCCUAUGCUUUUAAGCGAGGAUGUAAAAAGUGAAAUUGUACAAUGGAAACGAAACAAAGUUUGUCUGAUAACGCGAAAGAUUUAGGUAUUAAACUUGAGGGAGACCUUGGUCAUUUACAAAUAAGCACACUAAGUGAUGAUGAAGAUGAACCGGACCCGGAUAAAACGAUUAUUUCAAAAAACGUUGAUGGUUUGGCUAGUUUUCCUGAUAACUUAGUGCACAGUUCAAAUGCUCCCAUCUUUGGUCAUGUCGCAGUAGCUCAUUCCAAACAUGUUCAAUUGGGUAACAAUACCCAUUUUCAUGGACCCGUGACUAUUAAGCAAAUUAUCCAAAAUAAAUCAGGUGUUGAAAAUGUUUCAUUUACUAAAACCGAAGAGGACAUAGAUCCCACUGAAGAGGUUAAACAUACUGCUAAAGUUCAAGAGAUACCAUCAAAGAAAUAUCACAUUCAAACAUGGCACAAGGUUCUGAUAACAGCUUCGUGUGUGAUUGUAUUAGCUGUGGUUUUUACAUUAGUCCUUGUAUUGCAAGGCAAAAGUGGUAAAAAUGAGAGUUCAUCGCCCCAUAAAGGUGCUUCAGAGGAGACAUCAAUCACGACGGUGGUGGGAAUAUGGUACGACAAUUUGGCACUGAUAUCAUUUUCCAUAGUUUUGGUGAUUCUAACAAUGCAGUUGAUGUUUUACCCAUUACUAACCCUACACAUGAACAGCAUUGACAAAGGAGAUAUACAAGAUGACACCUCAAAACAAAUUAUUCCAAACACAAGUCAGUUUGUUGAUAAUCGCAUGACAAGAGUUGUUCCGAAAGAUGAUCUCUUGAUUGCUCCAAACCAUUUGAGGAUAGUGUCGCGGACCGACUGGCUGGCCCAGCCUCCUGAAGACGAGUCUGAGAUGGUGAAACUACGCAUGCCGGUGCCCUGGGUAAUCAUCACCCAUACUGCUACCGAGAGCUGCCAUUUUCAGAACGAAUGCGUGCUUCGCGUUAGACUGAUUCAGAUGUUUCACAUAGAAGCCAGAAAGUGGGACGACAUCGGCUACAAUUUUUUGGUCGGCGGCGACGGGUCGGCGUACUUCGGCCGCGGCUGGGACAUCCAGGGCGCCCACACAUUAGGGUACAACAAGUACAGCAUAGCCAUUGCAUUUAUAGGCACAUUCAACAAUGAGCCUCCCCCAGAGAAACAGUUAGAUGCGUGCAAGAAGUUAAUCAAGUUAGGUGUGCAGCUAGGCAAACUAUCCAAAGACUAUAAAUUGUUCGCUCAUCGACAACUGUCGUCUACAUUGAGUCCGGGAGCCAAGUUGUUCGAGAUUAUCAAAACAUGGCCACAUUUUGUAAACGAUACGUCUAAUGUGUCGGCGUUGAUACCACCUUAUUAAGUGUUAAUUGCGUGAUAUUCUCAAGAACUUUGUCUUUUCGACCAGUUUAGCCGACAUGUCAAUGAGAGCGCUAGUUGUGCGUUUCAUGUAGCAACACACAAUAGUUGUUAUACUGAGUAAUGGUGGUCAUUUGACAAUAGUGCAUUAUUUACAUAUACAGUAAUAAUAGUAGCCAAAAACAAAUUUGAGGAUUGUUAUACUUCCUUUCAUUUUUGUAUAAUUAUUCCCAGCUCAAUAUUUUAAUUCACUGGUCAAGCUUAAGUUAUGUUAAACAAGUAAUUUUAUCGGAAUUAUGCUUUGUUAAAGUGGGUUGUAUGUUUAUGGACCAGACGUGUGUGAAAAUUGCUACCGAAUUGUUACAGUAAUGAUGCCAAACAAUCUCCAGGGCGCCAAUUCUGCGAAAAUAUGCGUACUUACCAAUAAUUUGUCGAUAGGUGUGUUAGAAAUACAUUUUGAGAUUUGGUAUUUUUUUAUUUAGUUUUACUAUAAGUAUAUGUAAUAAAUAAUUAAAUAAAGUUUCACUAAGACUAUUGACACAUUAUUCGUUACAAUAUUAAUGUAUUUGUAACAGUCUUGACGCUUAAGUCUUGUGCCAAUAUUUAUGUAUAUAUGUAGGUAAUGUAAAGGUAUGUAAAUUCUAAUAUGGUGUUAUAUAAUAACGUUGUUGCGUGAUGCGUCGUGGGAGUAUUAUGCUAAAAUGUUAUAAAAAAAUAAAAGAGAAGCAUAUUUUUAUAAGCUUAUUAAUAUGUAAUGGAGAGCUCGUGUUGAGAAAUAUUAUUUUUAAGGCCAGUAAAUUAGACAUAACUUUUUAUUACUAACUAGCGACUCGCCCCGGCUUCGCACGGGUGCAAAAUUUGGAAAAAAUUAUACAUAAAAACCUUCCUCUUGAAUCACUCUAUCUGUUACAAAAAACCGCAUCAAAAUCCGUUGCGUAAUUUUAAGAUACAGAAAAACUAUAAAAAUAAGCAUACAGACAAACAGACUAAAAUAGCGACUUUGUUUUAUACUAUGUAGUGAUAAGUAAGUGAUGAGAAAAAUUAAGAAUUGUGUUGUACCUUGUAUAUUUCCUGAAGAAAUGUUCGUUUAUUACAAAGAAACAAAAAGAUCAUCUUUCUGUCCAACACGAUGGAGUCACAAUUUGUCAUGUUGGUUACGAACCGUACAAUGUGGUUAUUGUAGGUAUAUUGUAACAAUACUUCUUUUCAUUAAAUCGCUCAUUUAUUUAUAACAAAGUUACACGUUACAGGGUAUUCUCAAAUUAUUUUUAAAACAUUCUUUGGAUGAAUACUUUAUUAUAAAAUAUAAAUAUGUACAAUAAUUUCCAAAUAAGUGUGUGUUUUAUUGAAUUUUAGCACAGAUAUGCAUUUGACUAUGAAUAUGAAUAUAUAGUUGAUAGUAUUGUAAUUUACUAUUUUUAAUGAGAUCCCACGACCUUAUAAAAAUGUCAGGAAGACGAUGGGAGUAAAGGUCGUUGACGUGGAUAAUACAAGCACGCUGGAUCUUAACAAACAAAUAAAUUUUGUGCAAUUGUGAAGAAAAAAAACAAAGUCCCAAGUGUUUAUUGCCUGUAUAAUUGAGCUGAGCUCAUGAUGUCAUGAUUAUUAUUGCAUUAUGAAUAAGCAUAUUAACAUGUCCAAAUCACCUAUGAAUAAAUCAAUUGUUAUGAUUUGUGGAGAAGGAAUUGGUUAAGUCUAGUUUGUAAUUAUUAUUAAGUAUUAUAUGGUGUCAUUACAGCAAAUUGUUGGUCUCUUGUCGGCGAUAAAUUUUGAAAAAUGUAGAGACUUGCUCAAUCUUGGUUGGAAAUUAAAGUGUUAGCAUAUCAAUGUUGAUCUCUUAUGGAUUGUUCUAAGAACCCCAGUUUUUUAUAUAGGUAUAUUUUUUCUUUUUUGUACUUUAGGUCUGCUACUUUCUUUAUGACAGUUUUAAUUUAUAUGGGAGAUUAUAUUAAGUGUUGAGAUUGUCUAACCCUAAAAUUUUGUACAAAGUAUUUAGCUGUAAUGUGUGCUUUAUUUCUGUUACCAUUCAAAAUCAAAGAUUUGUUUUUAUUUUAGAAAAAAAUUGCUAAGUUUGUAAGUGCCACAGCAAAUAGAGUAGUGGACUGCAGUGCUCUGUGAUAAAUACAUUCCCAUGAAGGAACAUUAUUUUGAAGCUGUGACUGCGAGUUGUGGUAUGUUUUGUGAGAAGUACUGAAUUCAAACUGGGCGAAAAAGCAAACAAGUACAUUUCAGACAAAACAGAAAACAGUUUAUAACUUUGCAUAUUACUAUUUAUCCAUAGUUUACAUUCGGAUAAAAUCCGAGUGAUAAAUCAGCAGGCUUUAUUAAAUCACCACAAUAUUUCUUUUUGUCUGUUUAAAUUUAUAUUUUCUGUUACACGUAUCAUUAAGCCUAUCAGCUGAACGUGGCCUAUUAGUCUUUCAAGACUGCUCGGUCUGUCUACCCCGCGGGGUAAGGGAUAUAGACGUGCUGAUAUAAUAUAUGAAUGAAUGAAUGAAUUUAAGCCCCAUUUACAUAUGUGCAACACGAAGCGGCAUAUCAACCUACUCACGUUGUGACGCGGACCGUGCGGCAUGUCAAACAGCAUGCCGUGUACCGUUGUGCAAUUUAUAUAUUUACAUUGUCCACAUGAGACAUACUUAGAUCGAAUAACAUACGGACAGCAUUACCUUACAAUUCCCUCCGAAAAUCCCUCAAUCAGUUGUUUAACGGCACAGUGGCAUGCCGCAGACUAGGUGAGGUGUUCAACAGCCUGGCGCAAGCCGCUACCGACGCAGACUGCGGCAUGCCCUAAAGUGCCGCAUGGUGGAUUAUGUGGCAUGUGGCAAUGCCGCACGGUACUUAUGUGAAUGGGGAAUAAAAAUUUUAAUCUAUACCUAUAUUUUAUAUGUGUGAGAGGAGCCGUAAGGUAUUCAUAUGGGUAAAUUUGUCACGAGGAUCUACUCUUUAAAUUAAUUUCAAAGCUCGAUUUUCUAGACUGUUCCAAUCUUUUAAGAACUCUAUUAUAAGGUGCCUUAAUAUAACCAAACUAGUUUAGACGUAUAAAAAUACUAUGGUAAUUGAGAACAAAAUUUGCUAGCGUAAGUUGUUUUUUAUGUAUUUGACACACUAAAUAUAUUGUUGAAAUUGAAUAAAGUAUAUGAUCGACUGCCAA